AUGCCCAAAAAGCACCAGCGGUUUCACGCAAAGCCAGCCAACUUAGCACAUCACAGCCUUGCAUUAUCUGGGUCUCGUCAUGAUGGCGGGUCUGGGGUACAGGGCUCCGCGUCAGCGACGUCAGUCAACGACUUAAUCAGUCACCUCCGACGUACACAGACGCCUAGUGCUUCAUCCGAUGAUCCCCCAAGCUCGCAACGUGCUCAGCGCUCGUUUUUGGCUCCCCGCUCAGUUCAUCCGUCUCUUCGGGAUGUACUGGAGCUCCCUGCAACCGCGCCACCGCGACCUCGCCCCGGUCCUCGUCGCACGGUAUUCGGGGUCCGCCCAACUCGACCAACUGUUGGACCUCCGCCACCUGCGAGUUGGCUCGCUGGAAAUCCGGAUCCGGCGGGAGAUCAAGGAUCGCACUACCGGAUGCCAGAAUCCCCAGAAGAGGAAAUACACCGGCUGGUUCGCCUCCCGGGGUCGCUGUUCCCGGACCAUCGGAGCCUGGUACAUCUGAUGCUGAAAACAAUGGCUUUGAACUGGUGUUGGCAUCUUGAAUAUGAUGGCCCUUUUCUGGCCCAUCUUCCAAAUCAUAUCAAGGAACUGCUACUGAGUUAUGUCGCUGUGUACGCAAGAGGCCCGCCACUGAGAGGGUACAUGAAGGGACUGAAGCCGCUCUUUUUGACCCGGCAUGAUCAGGAUCAAAUUGGCAAGGAGAUCCCAGGGUUUAACGAAUCGGGAGCUGUUGACGGGGAUUUCAAAAUCGUGCGAUUGGAUCUGGGAAAUGCUCUGGGGAACUGGAUAACUUUGAAACAGCUCACAAACGAGGUGAUCAUCUCGCAGGCUCCAGUCGUGGGAGUCUCAGGUCAUGAAACAGAGGAGAUUAUUCCAGCUUCGUGGGAUGAAGAUGUCUAUAACGGCAGAGAGGAAGCUAUGGUUGAUCGUCUUUCAACUCCGUCCCUUCCCAAGGCCAUUUCCCAGACUCUACGCUUCCCCCAACUCCGCGCCUUAUCUCUAGCACACCCGACACCUAGUGCUGCAAACUGGACUGGUCUUCUCAAUCUAUUAGCACAUUUGCCAACCCUGACUCAUCUCUCGCUUGCCCAUUGGCCUAUACCGUGCCGGAACCCAAGCGCUGCCACUAGUUGGAUUCGCAGCUCAGUGGCCCGCUUCUUGGCCCCAGACGCCCUUGACAACAACUGGGCCGAAGCUGCGAGUAUUCUCCGUCAGCUAUCCCGUUCGACGUACUGCCUGAAAUGGCUGGACCUCGAGGGCUGCGGCGAAUGGCUACCAGCCUUGAAAUGGGUUGGGAAAGACCCGGAUGGGUUUCCACAGAGCCCUGAUACUGUUGGCCCAGAGUGGAACAGAUCUUGGAGAGAUGUCGAAUGGCUUGGCAUCGGCCCUGGCUUUCUAGAUUUGACGGAGUCCCACGACUCGUCUGUGCCGUCCUAUGAAGUCCCCGCGCCGCAAACAGGCUUGCCGGAUUCUUCUAUCCAUGCAUAUCACCUUCAAAAUGCGCGUGAUGUGCUAAAGCACAUUCGGCAGAUAAGGAGGGGGAAGAAAUGGCUCGAAAUCGAGCUCGGUUCAGGGUUGGAAGACGUUGAACCUGAAACAAUCAGAUCGCUGGAUGGGCAAGAAUUAUUGGUUUAUUUAUAA